CAGCUGAGGUCCGCCUGCGUCAUGCCUCCCUAAUCCACCCCAGCAGCCAUUGAGCAGCUGCUUCCUGGGCUCCAGGAGUGGGCCUGGACUUCCCUGUGGAGCUGGGGCUUCCUGCCCAGGCAGAGGCCCAGCCAAGGCUCAGCUGUGAAUUUGUGCUCAUGCAACUCCAUCUCGUCUCCAUCGUCACUGAGUCACAGUUCCCAGUGUCUGUAUCACUGCCACCCUUGGUGUCUAUCAUUAGAGAUGAUAGGAAAAGGUGUCGAGGUAGGACCCAGGGCAAUGCUCCCCCAGGGUCAGACCCUGAGCCUUCACUCAACUUCAGACACAGCCUCGCGACUAGGAGGGCAGAGUCCCCAGGACAAAAGACAGUGCCAUGUGAUGGCUGUGGACACACCCUUACACCCGAGUCCUUCCCACAGACCAUGUGGAUAUUGCUUGGGCAAUGGACCCAAGGACAGGGGACUCCAGAGGUGCUGGGCACAGUGGACAUAUAGGAGCAGGUGAGGGUCUCGACACCCAGAGUGUCAACAUGACUCCUUGUCCACUGGGUGCGGGGGCACCAAGGGGUCAGCAGGGUCCAGAUCCAAAGUCCACUCACAGUGGGCUUCAGGCCACAGACCCUUCCAGCAGGCACUUUCCAUUCCUCAAACGUGUGACUGGAACAGGAGCAACAGAGGUUGGCAGAAGCCACGCUGGGUGGGUGGCCUGCUGUGCAGGAGUCAGCAGAGUGUGAUCAGCCAGGUGAAAGGGCCCGGGUGCUCCCCUCUAGCUACCCCCAGCCAGAGAAUACUCACCCGGGUAGAGCCAUGAACAGAGCCUCCUGGGUCAGGCACUGGCCAUCUGCCCUCCGCUCCUUUGCCAGUCUGGUCCUGCAGGAGAGAAGGCUCUGGUGGAGGAGCGUGGACUGCUGCAGACCCGCCCCAGGGAGCCCAGGAAUAGCAGAAAGCCAGGUGGGGCGGUCUCGGAUCUGGGUGUGCGGGCGCUGGACGUGGUGGGCUUUUCAUGAGUUCUGUGCGUGCACAUCCACUUCUGCUGCCAUUGUUGGUGACACUUGAAGUCUUUCCUUCCCAGGUCACAUCCAGCUUCUAAUGUGUGGCCAACACAGAGUGAUCUCCUGGACUCCCUACUCUGGACGUCUCUAAUGGUUUUCCCUGGCCCAGAGCUCCUCUGUGGUUACCUUGGGUCCUUGCUGGGCCUAGUGGCCACUCUUCCUCCGUUCUUUCCCUCCUUCCACAGGGCUCGGAUCUUCCCUGAUAAACGUCCUACCCAGCACUUCCCCGGAAUUUGCAUUUCACAGGAUGUGGAUGGGAAGGACGUCCCAGUUUCUUGCUGCAAGCAGAGCUGGUGGGCAGGGAGGCAGGCCGCAGGGCUAUAAGCAGACUUGGUGCCCACCCUGGAAGUGCAAGUCCCAGCAAGGAAGAGACGGCGCUGGAACCCAUGGACACGUCCUACCCCCGUGAGGGCCCCCGGGCCUCCACUCCCCGCAAGGUUGACGGUGCUGCCCACACAGCCCUGGUGCUGGGACCGCCAAGCCCCCCGCCUCGCGACCACUUGAUCUGGUCAGCCUUCAGCACACUCUACCUGAACCUGUGCUGCCUCGGCUUCCUGGCGCUGGUGCACUCCAUCAAGGCCCGAGACCAGAAGGUGGCUGGGGAUCUGGAGGCAGCACGGCGAUACGGCUCCAGAGCCAAGUGUUACAACAUCCUGGCUGCGAUGUGGACACUGGUGCCUCCGCUGCUGCUGCUGGGGCUGGUGGUGACUGGUGCCCUGCACCUCUCCCGCUUGGCCAAGGACUCUGCGGCCUUCUUCAGCACCAAGUUCGAAGACACAGACUAUGACUGACAGGCCGGGUCCUGUCCUAUCCUGUCCCCGGACCCCAACCCUUGAAGGCCUUGAGCUGGAUGCUGGCUCUCAUAGGGCCUUGAGCUGUGCCGUCCCCUGACCCUGGAGGCCCCUGGCGGCCCCUGGCCCAACCUGGCUACCCAGUGCUGACCAUUCAGACCCCAGGGACCUGGCCCUAACCCUGAGGGCCCCUAACUCCUACCUCUGACCCUUCCCUCUUACUCAGCAGGCUCCACCUCCAUCACAAUUAAAAGUGCC